UCGAGAGACCCUCCACUCGCAGCCGAGAGUGGAGACACGUGACCCGUCCACUCCCCGGAAGUGGCGUAACAACACACGCGUGGCGCCGACCGCCGCUUCCGCAAACAGUACCGUGGAUGGCUGUGUCGUGUUAGUUCAUGAAGUUUUACCAUCUAUUUAAGUAAUCAAAAAUGGAAAAUUCUGCAAAAGCAGAGGAGUGUGAAAAGAUCACUCUUGAAGAGGCAAAAGCAUCAAUAGAUUUGGAAACAGAGUCUUCAUUCAGUAUUAAUGAAAACACAACCACUCCUGGGACUGGGCUCUCUGAAAAGGCUCCUAUCUGUGGACAAGUAGACACACCAAAAAAGAGAAAAAUGGAAUUUGAAGAUGAUCUUAUAAAGGAAAGUUCUAGUUGUGGGGAGGAUACUCCAACCAAGAAAAGAAAACUUGAUGCUGAAAUUGUCUCAGAGGAAAAAGGUUCUGGUGAUGAUGAAGGCAUUUCAAGGAAAAGAAGAAUGGAAACUGAUGAUUUUCCAAAAGAUGAACCUUCUACUGGAGAUGGCACACAGAAAAAGAGAAAAAUAGAACUUGAAGAUGUUCCUGAAAAGCAAAAAAACUUAGAAGAGGGACAUAGUUCAGCAGUGGCUGCCCACUAUAAUGAACUACAAGAAGUUGGUUUGGAGAAGCGUAGCCAAAGUCGUAUUUUUUACCUAAGAAACUUUAAUAAUUGGAUGAAAAGCGUCCUCAUUGGGGAAUUUUUAGAAAAGGUACGACAGAAAAAAAAACGUGAUAUCACUGUUUUGGACCUGGGAUGUGGUAAAGGUGGAGAUUUGCUCAAGUGGAAAAAGGGAAGAAUUAACAAGCUAGUUUGUACAGAUAUUGCUGAUGUUUCUGUCAAACAGUGUCAGCAACGGUAUGAGGACAUGAAAAAUCGUUGUCGUGAUAACGAAUAUAUUUUCAAUGCAGAAUUUAUAACUGCUGAUUGUUCAAAGGAACUUUUGAUUAACAAAUUUCGUGACCCAGAAACGUGCUUUGACAUCUGCAGUUGUCAGUUUGUCUGUCAUUAUUCAUUUGAAUCCUAUGAGCAGGCUGACAUGAUGCUCAGAAAUGCUUGUGAGAGACUGAGCCCUGGAGGCUAUUUUAUUGGUACCACUCCCAAUAGCUUUGAACUGAUAAGACGCCUUGAAGCUUCGGAAACAGAAUCAUUUGGGAAUGAGAUAUAUACUGUGAAGUUUCAGAAGAAAGGAGAUUAUCCUUUAUUUGGCUGCAAAUAUGACUUCAACUUGGAAGGUGUUGUGGAUGUCCCUGAAUUCUUGGUCUAUUUUCCAUUGCUAAAUGAAAUGGCGAAGAAGUACAAUAUGAAACUAGUCUACAAAAAAACAUUUCUGGAAUUCUAUGAAGAAAAGAUUAAGAACAACGAAAAUAAAAUGCUGUUAAAACGAAUGCAGGCCCUGGAGCCAUAUCCAGCAAACGAGAACUCCAAACUUGCCUCCGAGAAGGUGGAUGACUAUGAACAUGCAGUAGAGUACAUGAAGAACAGUCAAGUAAGGUUACCUUUGGGAACCUUAAGUAAGUCAGAGUGGGAAGCCACAAGCAUUUACUUGGUUUUUGCAUUUGAGAAGCAGCAGUGAGCCAUAUACGCACCAGGACAGCUGUGUCCUGUCCUGUACAGAUUUGAAUGAUCCAUCCUAGAUUUGACAACUUUCUGUUUGUUUGUUUUAAUUAUUCUAAAUGUGCAGGAUGCUGCCGGAAGCUCCAGUGUAUAAAUUCAACAUUUGCUGUCUGUGACAGAUGAACUUUUGUGUGUGUAUAUAAGAAUGAGUUGGGACCUUUGUCUUUAAAAAUCUAUUUUUAAGUAAUGUUCUAAGAAUUCCAUUUGCUGCACUACUCUCUUAGUGCAUAAAAAUUAUAGUAUAACUUGUUAGAGCUGCUGAACUCUUCCACAGUGCUCUGAUUUGUUCAGUGUUUGUUUAUAGUAUUAAAUUCAUUGCAGUUGUAGAAUUGAUGAGGGAGCAUACUGGUUUGUGGGGGUUUGUGCUCAUUUCUGUAGUUUUGUCAUAUAGUAUUUUUCAAGAUUAAAUGGAUUGUGUUCUGUACAAUUGAAUGUGUUCAAUAUAUAUCACUAAAGUUGUAAGUUUAAAACAAAAUUUUAGAUGGCCAUGAAAGUUAUUUACCUAGAAUUUUAGCCAGUUAUUACAUUUCAUUAUAAAUACUAACUACUUUAUAUGCUAAUAUGAUCUAAUUCUGGAACUGGUUAGAAUGUUUUAUAUGCCAGCAUAAAAUUGUUUUGGAUUUUAGGGGCUUUAUCUUAAGAAUUUCCUUCCAUAGCAAUUAAUGUUUCUGGUUAUCAAGAAUGUAAUUAGACAGAUUUUCCUUUCUUCAUUGAACAAAAAUGCCAUAGUUGUUUUUCCACGAUUUAAUGAAAACCUGUCCCAUGCGAACCUGUUGCACAUUUUCCUCAGAUACAUGUAUGGAACUGCAACAGGAGGAUGAGACUAAAAGAAGCUGAAAAGCAGACUUCAGAUGAAUUCUCCCUGACAUUAGAUAGAGCUUACUGGCACUGUGUGCUGGGUAGAUCCUUUACUCCCCUUCAGCCCCGAGAGAAGCAGUUCCUGCUCUUCUAUUACAACAUCAUACUUUGUGCAGUAGGAUGCCGCAUCUCAUCACCACUCAGAAUUUGUAUUUGCCAUUUCAGAACUGUUAACCGUUUUUCAGCCCUGGCUUCUUGCUUGACUCCUCUUCCAAAACUGACACCUAGGUGAACUGUUGUCCUUACUUUACAUUACUGUUUAAAACACUUGCCAGUGUUUAGGUAUAGUGAAAAACUUACAAAGAACAAAGCAGAGCAAUUAUUGCAUAGUCUUCUAAAAAUCAUUUAUUUAUGCAUGGAUUUAAAAGACAUUACUUUCUGUAAUUAUCCAGAGUAUUUGUUUAAAAUGUGAGGUUUCUUAAUUUGUUUAUAUAUGUUGAUUAUUCAUGGUGUUAGAAUAAUAGACCUUUUAACAAGAGAACAUGGGUUACCUAAUUUCUGUUUCUUGUGCAACUUGUCAAUCUCCAAACUGUUACCAGUUUACAAAAAUUAAGUCUUUUUGCCUUAAUGGUGGUUUGCCAUGUCAUUUGGAGAAAUAAAUAAUAGUAUUUCUGACUAUGGUGGCUGCCGUUAGCUAACAAAGGUUUGGUAAUGGUGCUGGGCGGUAGGAAUGGUGAGCUCUUAGUGUUACAAACACAACCAGGUUAAUUUUAAUUCUGGGAGAAGUUCCAGAAAGUAUUUUGAUAGUUUGAUAGAGGAUGUGGCUUCUUUAUUAUUUCCUAUCAUCAUUUUCAUUUAAUGGUCUUAGCCAAUUUUAAGCAACUAAUAAAACAUUUUUAGACUCUUGCUCUUUCCACUCCAUGGAUGAUUUGUGGGAGAGAAGGAUCCCCUGAAGGAUGGAGUGAUUGGUGGUAAUACAGAGCAGAAAAGGAAGGUGGAGUCCCCCGGGGCCUUCACUGAAGGGGUAGAAAGGAGUAAAGGAAACCCAAGUGGACUGAGCCAAUGUCUUCGCUCGCAGUGAGUGAAACUGUUGUGUGUACAGAAGGCACAUGGAGCUGCACCCAGAGGAUGCAGAGUUCUGGCAUUGCCCUUGUGCUUGAGCUUUAUUGUUCUCUUAGCCACCUCUGUUCUUCACUCCCGGAUGCCUUCCUGCUGCAGCUAAGUGUCUGGGCAGUGACUCAGGAAGAACUUUAGGAAAAGGUGGAUCCUGCCCAUCACCAAGGUAAAAGCUGGGAGGAUACACACUCCCCCCCGCCCCCCCACCACCAUACCCACAGUCUCAGUGUUUGGGAAUUUUCCAUUCAAGACUUGUAACUGUUAUGAAGGGGGCAUGGCUCUUCACUAUCAGGUCAGUGAUGUGAAGUUUGUGGAAGUGAUUAUAGGCACUCCAGUUUGUCCUCUGAGGGUGAAAGUGAAGUGAAGAUCAAACCAGCCACUUGUGGAGAGGACACAACCUGCGGAUUGGGAGGAUUGGUCUGGGGACAUGGCUGGAUUGUGGUAUAACAAAGAACACUCAAGUUGAAUUCUUUGGGCCUAGAAUACACUAAAGGAGAGGCACCAUGUAGCCAUCAUGUUCAGGGAGACAAACUGGCAUCCAAAGGGGAGGUGUCCUAACCUGCACACCACGGCUGUCUGCAGGUAAUGACUGUUCUUCCAGUGCCCACUGAGCCUCUGGUUCCAGUGUGACUUUCCAGAGAAAUUUGCCUUCAGGAAGAGAAGGCAUUGAUUAGAGACUUUGACUUCUGUUAACUAAUGUGCAUAAUGACUAUGAAAGGUAGAUUACCAGUAGAGUUUCCUAGCUGACCCUAUCCCCAAACUUGAAAAUGGAGAUGUGAUUGCUGCCUAAAUUCAUGUUAAUAGCAUUAAUAGGGCAUCAGAGGUGUGCAAAGUGAUGGGGUUUGAGGCAGCGUGCAAUGUUGGUCAGCAGUGGAGAAGUAGAAAAAGCAUUGUCAGCUAUCAGAAGUCCAGAUCUCCAGUCACAUUAGCUCUUAUGGGGAUGUAUUCUUCAGUCUGUCUUAGCUUAACUGAUACUAUGUUAUUUUGCUAAGUCUUCAAGUAUCCUAGUGAAGAUGUGGUUUCUUGUGAGGUCUGCCAGUGUGAAUAUUCUAGCUACUGAAUAUUAUUUUUCACUGUUGAUAACUUUUUGUUGUCUACUUCAGGCUUUGUAUGUAUUGUGAGCCAGUUACUGCCAACGUCUCUGGGUCUUCAAAGUAAGGCCAGAUCCAGGGACCAGGGCUCUAUAAUAAUUGUACUGAAAUGCCUGUGGUAUUUACUGGCCCUUUGGUCAAAUAAAAAGCAUAGGUAUAUGAUGUUACCACCUCCCUAGUUGGUGUUAUGUCAAAUACUACAUAACUGAUGUUUCUUCAUUUCUUGCCCUCUGAUGGAGCAACAUUCCUGAUUCCUUGAAGGCAGUCAGUGUAGUGGCUCUUACACUUAUUUAUUUAGUGAUAUAUGUGACUAGGCUGGGGGACAGCCAGCUCUUCACCUUCUCAAUUUCUCUUCUGCUUCCAUGUAAUCCUGAAGCAUGGGCUCCUGUUCCUCACUGCAAUACUAAGCAAGUGUGGGACACCCAAAAGUACCCUCCUCAAUUUGGGAGACUUUUGGGUUAGCCCCACAGCCCUCUGCUCCCUAGAUUUAUCCUGGGCCAUGGUUCCUUGGGGACAGCAUACCUUGGAUACAGCCAGAUUGACAACAUUUAUUAAGCUCCUUAGAUCAGUUAUUUUCCUAAAUCUUUUAUAUGCGUUAAUUCAUUUUGAUCCUUAUAACUAUAUGAGCUAAGCACUGUUAUCCCUGUUUUAAUAAUGGAGCUCAGCACAGAGAGAGUACAAAGUUGCCCAAGGCAGGGCGAAGAUUUGAAUACCCAUAUCCCACAAGUUAGGCCUGCAAUCCAAUCUCAUGUUAUACCCCUCUUCUCACCCAUUCAUUACUCACAACUUGAUAUGUUAACUGGUUGGUGCUCCAACCUUCUGAUUCAAACUUUUGAUACUUAUUUUGGGGCGCCUGGGUGACUCAUUCAGUUAAGUGUCUCCCUUUAGCUCAAAUCAUGGUCCUGGGAUCCUGGGAUUGAGCCCUGUGUUGGGCUCCCUGCUCAGAGGGGAGCCUGCUUCUCCCUCUGCCCUUCCCCCCUGCUUAUGUACAUGCGUGUUCUCUCUCUCUCAAAUAAAAUCUUAAAAAAACCCCAAAACAACCUUUGAUACUUAAGUAUCCCCUGAGAGGAGCAUUUAUCUUGCAUAAGAGGCUUUGGGGCAGAGAGAGCAAGAGGACAUCUGACUGUACUUAGGGACCAAGGGUAAAAAGUAUCAACAGGCAGAAGGGCAAAGAUAGACUUGGACUUCACAUUUUGGUAGACCUGCUCCUUUAGCAACCAGUCCUAUAGCAAAUCUAGUUUAGUCUGCAUCUUAGGGGGUGGGGGGUGUUAGUCUGCAUCUUAGGGGGUGGGGGAUGGUUCUUUCCCCACCCUCACCAUUGGGAAAUACCAAGAGGUGGGAGCACAAGUGUGACUAUAGCCAAAGGGAGAGGCCAAGAGAGAAGGAAUCAUUUCUUCAGUCUGAGUUGAUUACCCAGGCAGAGGCAAAUCAUUUUGUUUUAACUUUUAAUUGAAGUAUAACACACACAGGUUGGUUUUUAACAAAUGGAACACAAAUACAGUCAUCACUUCAAUCAACAAACUAUUACCACCCCCUGCAGGAGCCCCCCUCAUGUUCUCUUUCACUUACUACCUCCCCAAGGGUAACCACUGUCUGACUUCUAAGAACAUAGAUUAGUUUUGUCUGUUUUUGGACAUAAUAUAAAUGGAAUCAAAUCGUAUGUAUUCUCUUGUAUCUGGCUUAUUUGCUGUACAUUAUGUUUGUAAGAUUUUUGUUGCAUGUAUUUGUACGUGGUUCCUUCUCAUGGCUGUAUAGUAUUCCAUUACAUAAAUAAACCAUAUAUUUAUCACA